GUACGGAUGCGGCCAAAGGCAAAGUGGGUUUCAUUGUGGGCCGACACAGUUGGGAGGUCUGGUGGGAGGGCCCGCUCGGCACGGUGGCAGUUGUGGGUAUCGCCACCAAAGAGGCAUCGGUACAGAGCGCCGGUUACGUGGCUUUGUUGGGCGCCAACGCCGACAGCUGGGGCUGGAAUCUGGUGGACAACAAUCUGAUCCAUAACGGCGACUGUCACGGCAAUUACCCCCUACUGAACAACGCGCCCAAAUACCAGACGGGCGAACGGCUUCGGGUGAUACUGGACUGCGACGACAAUACUCUGUCCUUUGAGCGCAACUACGAGUUCUUAGGCGUGGCCUUCAGGGGUCUGCCCAAUAAGCCGUUGUAUCCGUCGGUGUCCGCCGUUUACGGCAAUACAGAGGUCUCGAUGGUAUACCUCGGAUACCCGUUUGAUGGGUAGGUCUGGUCCCCUGUGAUGGUUGACUACGCGAUGGUUGACUGUCCGAUAUGUCUAGUGGACAGCACCCGAUGUUGUCCGUCACGUCCGAUACUUAUUGAGCACUCAUUUUAAGCUUUAUUUAUAUUUUUCAAUUGAUAUUUAAAUGCAUUUAAAAUCUCAUAUCUAUAUACCAUUGAUAAUUGAAAAUACUCUACAACUCAAUCAUUCACU